CAAGUUGACCCUGUGUCACCUUCGCUCGAUCUUCUUCACCUCUCGACAUCGUUAGUCUGCUAUUGUUAGCGCAACAUCAAUUGUACGCUAUUCCUAUCGCUAUCAACAAGAUGCACACAAGCUUCAAUAUCGUUGCCGCCCUCCUGUUUGCGCACGCAAACUCCGGCCUAAGCAGCUAUCCACCAUGCGGAGACACGAACUGUCUGGAUUAGGAAUCGAUGCCAUCAGCCACUUCUGUCAUUGGAGAGAUCCUCAACCACAUGUCGCCAACGACGGUCAAAGUCGAGACAGCUACGAAGACCAUUGCUGCGAUGGCUCCCGAAGCCCCGGCGGCUAGUAUGCAUGCCUCUGUCGCCACUGACUUCUCAGCCUCCUUCACCGGCGACGUCACAGCAAACUACGAAGAAGCAGGAUGGGCCAACAUUACGAUUCUCGACGACGCAGGAUUCUGGUAUAACCAAGGCUGUUUUGUCAGCGAGUCUAGCAACAAGUCAGCCAUGGGUGACAUCCUACAUGUCAGCUCGAAACUCGUGCGAUGGAGCGACAAGAUGGACGUCCGGCUCUGCCGCCAGCACUGCGCCUACUACGCCCCUGACGAGGGCCAUGAGUAUUUCGGCAUCGCUAAUGGCCAAGAGUGCUAUUGUGGGAACUUCAUCUCUAAUCAUGCGCGUCGAGUCGAUCAAUCGAACUGUCACUUAUGGUGUCCCCCGCGUGAAGACAGGGGAGACGAUAAGUUUCUCUGCGGUGGGAAGGGAAGCAUGAUUGUAUACGGGAGACGCAAAUGGAACAUGGCACUGCAAACCUCCGAAGAUAGCGAGCCUGGGUACCGACCUCCGCGUCCCCAUAUUCAGAGCAGCCCCGCGCGUCGCAAUGAGUGGCGUGAUCACGUUGGUUUGAGCCAUCUGUUGUAUUGGAUGUCUCCUGGAUCAAUUAUUGCGUUCUUCAUUCAGUGGUGGUGGUCUUGCGGUCAUCCCUUUUGUUGGGUGUGGUCCGCUUCGCUGAAAGGAUUUCUUGGAUCAUGGGUGAUAGCAGGCAUUAUUGGGAUGCUCUCAAUGGUAUUUUACUGGGGCUGUGUGUCCGCUACACGCCCUCCAGACCUUAUACUCCAGCGUGCAGCGUUUGCUGAGCGUGCCCACCGGAUUGGUGCGCCCAUCCCUGGCCCGGAUUUCAUUCACUGAGAGGAGCUCGGUUCUUAUUGAUAGAUAAAAACCACUGAAGCACUUCCAUUAGAGCUCCUUUUUAUAUGAACGCAAGUAUCGCCGAUACAGUGUUGAACCCUCAUAGCAACCCAAGUCACCUCGAGUUGGACUAUCGAGGACUCGGCAAGGCCUCAUU